AGAUCUGCGCUCCAUACAAAUUGCACGGAAUUAAAACUUCAUUUAACUUUCCGCCUUGUUAGUUUCCGACAUGAAGCUGCACUGGCUGCUCUUGUUGGUAGUUUACGCUCAAAAUUUUAAAUACGCCGUUAACAAGAGUGUGGCGUCAAUUUUGUUCCAGAAAUCUUUGGUCAUCGACCGCUUUAUGGGAAAAUGUCCCCGACACGCCAAUCUGCCGAUGUAUCUGGAAAAUAUUCACCUCUAUCCCACGAACGGCACGUAUAAUAUUUCGGCUAAAAUAGUCGUGACCCGCGAUUUACUGAGCGAUUUGAAACUCGUGCUCCAGUUGGAGCGUUGCAAGGCGAAAGAGGACCUUGAUUCUUGCGAGCCGUACCAGAACGUCAGCAGGAACAGCCUAUGCGAACUGGCCAAAGCGAAGAAGCAAACAUGGACGCCGUAUAUGACCAACAUGCAACCAGCGAUAUCCUGUCCCCCUCUAAAGGGUACCUACUACUGCUCUCAUACCGUUUUCGAUGCCACACCCCUGAUGAUGUUACCGAUAAGUGGGUGGUACUGGAAAGUGAAAUCGCUCAUUUACGAAGCAAAGACAAACAAUCCUCCAGUUAUGUGCAUCUACAUUACUGGACAAUUUAAGUAG